ACAUCCUCGUUUCAACUCAACAAACAGGAAUUGUAAGAACAUCCAGCUCCGCCACCUCACCGCCCCUACCCAAACUGAACCUACGAGGAUUUGAAUGGACAUGCAGUGUGUUACUGUACUGCAUCCAUUCGGCGCCUGCGCUGCUUCCUUACAACUGACGUCAGACCCAGCAUGGCGGUCAAGGUGAAAAUGACAAAAAGAGCCGACCCCCAUGAGUUGAAGGCAGUUUUUCUCAAGUAUGCCAGCGUGGUGGAGGAUGGGGAGAAUUACAUGACACCUAAAGACUUUGUGCAGCGUUACCUCGGUCUGGAAACGGAGCUGCAACAUAACCCUAAGACAGUGGGCCUGAUCGCCGGAGUGGCCGACACCACCAAAGAUGGGUUGAUCUCAUUCCAGGAGUUUUUGGCCUUUGAGUCGGUUCUCUGCGCCCCCGAUGCCCUGUUCAUAAUUGCCUUUCAGCUGUUUGACAAGACCGGCACGGGGAACGUUUCUUUUGAGAAUGUACGUGACAUCUUCAGCCAGACCAGCGUGCAUCAUCACAUUCCCUUCAACUGGGACUGUGACUUCAUCAGGCUACACUUUGGCCAUAAGAGAAGCAAGAACCUCAGCUACACAGAAUUCACCGAGUUUCUGCAGGAGCUACAGCUGGAGCACGCCCGCCAGGCUUUCGCCCAAAAAGACAAAGAGAAAAUUGGCACCAUCACGGCUUUGGACUUCAGCGACAUCAUGGCCACCAUCAGGCACCACAUGCUGACUCCAUUCGUGGAGGAGAAUCUGGUUUCUGCGGCCGGAGGCGGUACCUCCCACAUGGUGAGUUUCUCCUACUUCAACGCCUUCAACGCCCUCCUCAACAACAUGGAGCUGAUCCGCAAGAUCUACAGCACCCUCGCCGGCGCCUAUAAAGACACGCUGGUCACCAAAGAGGAGUUUGUCCACGCUGCCAUUAAGUUUGGUCAGAUCACUCCAAUGGAGAUCGACAUCCUGUACCAACUCGCCGGUCUCCACACUCCCUCGGGGCGGCUGAACCACAGCGACAUCGAGAGGAUAGCCCCGCUGGAAGGAGAGAUGCCUUACCACCAUGCCGAGGUCCAGAGACAGCAUACUCCUGAAUCGUCCCGGCCCAUUUGGCUCCAGGUCGCGGAAUCCGCCUACAGGUUCACUCUGGGCUCAAUUGCUGGAGCCACGGGUGCCACCGCUGUGUAUCCCAUCGACCUGGUCAAGACUCGCAUGCAGAACCAGCGCUCCACGGGCUCCUUGGUGGGCGAGCUCAUGUACAAGAACAGCUUCGACUGCGCCAAGAAAGUACUGCGCUACGAGGGCUUCUUUGGAUUCUACCGAGGACUCCUCCCGCAGCUCAUCGGCGUGGCCCCGGAGAAAGCCAUCAAACUCACGAUGAAUGAUUUAGUCAGAGACAAGUUCACCAAACAAGAUGGUUCCGUCCCUCUGGCAGCUGAAAUCCUCGCCGGCGGAUGUGCCGGAGGCUCCCAGGUGAUUUUCACCAACCCUCUGGAGAUCGUAAAGAUCCGCCUGCAGGUGGCCGGAGAGAUCACCACGGGCUCCAGGGUCAGCGCCCUCAAUAUUGUACGAGAACUGGGCUUCUUUGGCCUCUACAAGGGAGCUAAAGCCUGCUUCCUGAGGGAUAUCCCCUUUUCGGCCAUCUACUUCCCCGUGUACGCCCACACCAAACAGAUGCUUGCGGACGACACGGGAGAAGUGGGGGCGCUACAGCUGCUCACUGCUGGAGCCAUUGCAGGCGUCCCCGCAGCAUCGCUGGUGACCCCCGCCGAUGUCAUCAAGACGAGACUGCAGGUGGCGGCCCGAGCCGGCCAGACCACGUACAGCGGAGUGAUCGAUUGCUUCAGGAAGAUCCACAAGGAGGAAGGCUUCAGGGCCUUUUGGAAGGGCGCCGCAGCUCGGGUCUUCCGAUCUUCACCACAGUUCGGCGUCACCUUGGUGACCUACGAACUGCUGCAGAGAUGGCUUAGUAUCGACUUUGGCGGCCAUCACCCGGCGGGAUCCCACCCCACCCCCAAAUCGACAGACCUUCCUCCCAUUAGUGCCGACCACGUGGGCGGAUACCGUAUGGCGGCCGCCACGUUUGCGGGCGUGGAGCGAAAGUUUGGCCUUCACCUGCCCAAGUUUCAAGAUUCCGGAGCGGCGGCCGCCAAAGCAUCAACACUGUGAGCUGCGACGUGGACUCAGAGAGUUGCUUCCUCCUGCAAAAUGGGUUCAAGUGACUUCAUUUGAAAAUGCUGCAUGAAAAUAGCUUUUUUUUGGGAGGGAGGGGGUGUUUAUUUUGCAAAGCUUGCACAAUUUGCACAUACUGUACUUCUUUUUAGAGGAACAUUAUGACAAUACAAAAGAUUGUGACUGCACUUUGAUCGUAUGCCAAAGCGCUUGAGUGGUGUUGGUGCAUGUGUCUGCAAUGUACAGAUUUUAAAAGUGUUUAUUUUCAUCCGGGGCAAUUGUUUCAAAUUUAUUUAUUUUAUUGGAAUAAAUAGUUUCAAAACUGUU